ACGUGAGAUGGCAGCAGGUUCUGGGGAAGCAAGCGGGCCCUCGAAGUAGGUUGUGGAAAGACGAGAAAGAAAGGUCUGUGGGCGGCUCCGGGAGCGGAGGAAGGUUCUGGAAGCGGGUAGCGCAGGCAAAGGUCGGGCCGCGCACCGACGGCGCCUGGACUGACGCCAGGCAGAGCCCGGGUUCCCAGGGACAACGAAGCGGGCAUCGCACCAGCGCUCGCUCCAGUAGAACCGUCAGGACCCCUUGCGAAAGUUUUCGGACAAGCCCUGGGAGGCCCUGCUGCCGCGACGGGAAGGACCCGCGAGCAGCGAACCUGCGGAGCCGCCUGGGCCGCGACGUUCCCCGCGGACACCUUUGGGAGUUUCAUAUCUCGCCUGUUUCUUUCCUUUUUCCCUAACUUUUCCGCGCACCCCGCGGGCGGCCACAGGGGCGCACGCGCAGAUCGCGCCCUACUCGGCCGCCCGCGUCGGGCCCGGCGGUUGCCAGGGGUGACCGCAUUCCCCCAGGACUGGGCGCGCGCAGGUUGGGGGUGUGUGGCCUGGCCCGGAGCCCGCCUCUCUCCCGCUCUGGUUGGGCGAGGCUGCUGUCGGUCUGAGUCGCCGCCGCUGCCGAUUGGGCAGCGGCAAGUUUCGCACGCUCAGCACCCGGCGCCACGCCCCUCCAGCCGGCCCGCGCCGCAGUGGAGAGGACAGUGCGGGACCCCGCGCGCCUCCCGGAGGGACCUGGACCCGUAGGAGACGACGGUGUUGGACCUGGCGCGGCCCGAGCGGCGGCGGCGAUGAUCCCCGAGGAGAGGCCUGACGGUCCGGGCGCCGGCGAGGAGAGCGCGCGGCUGCAGGCGGCUAGCAGCGUCCGCAAGGGCUGUGACCCCCUGGCACAGACACAGUGCAGCCGCCAGCAGAGCCGCAGGACCCGGAUUCACCAGCAGAUCAACAAAGAGCUGCGAAUGCGCACAGGUGCCGAGAACCUCUACAGAGCCACCAGCAAUGCCCAGGUCAGAGAGACAGUGGCCUUGGAGCUGAGCUAUGUCAACUCCAGCCUGCAGCUGCUGAAGGAGGAGCUGCAGGAGCUCAACAGCAGCGUGGAUGUGGACCCACCCGAGAGCGAAGGUGUCCCUGUGCCCAUGAUUCCCCUCGGGCUGAAGGAGACCCGGGAGCUGGACUGGGCCACGCCCCUGAAGGAGCUGAUCUCGGGGCACUUUGGAGAGGAUAGCACCUCCUACGAGGCUGAAAUCGGGGAGCUGGAGGACCUGCGGCAGGCCAUGCGGACCCCCAGCCGGAGCGAGGCAGGCCUGGAGCUGCUCACGGCCUACUACAACCAGCUCUGCUUCCUGGAUGCUCGCUUUGUGGCCCCUGCUGGGAACCUCGGGCUGCUCUUCCACUGGUAUGACUCGCUUACAGGGGUCCCAGCCGAGCAGCAGUCCCUGGCCUUUGAGAAGGGCAGUGUGCUCUUCAACAUCGGGGCCCUCCACACACAGAUCGGGGCCCGCCAGGACCGCUCCUGCCUCGAGGGCACCAGCCGUGCUGUGGAGGCCUUUCAGAGGGCUGCUGGGGCCUUCAGCCUCCUGAGGGAGAACUUCUCCCAUGCCCCGAGCCUGGACAUGAAGCCGGCCUCGCUCUCCAUGCUGGAGCAGCUCAUGACAGCUCAGGCCCAGGAGUGCGUCUUUGAGAGCCUGUCACUGCCAGCACCCAGUGCGCUGACCCAGGCGCUGCAGCGCUCGCUGGCCAAGUACUCAGAGCUUGACCUUGAGGACGACUUCUUCGAGGCCACCGAGGCCCCUGACAUCCAGCCUAAGACGCACCAGAGGCCAGAGGUUAGGGCACCCAGCUUCUCCCGGGUGAAGGUGGCUGACAUCUUCCACCGGCUGGGACCCCUGUCCGUGUUUUCAGCCAAGAACAGCUGGCGGCUGGUGGGGCCCAUCCACGUGACCCGAGGAGAGGAUGGCUUUGGCUUCACGCUGCGGGGAGACUCGCCUGUCCUCAUUGCUGCUGUCAUUCCAGGGGGCCGGGCUGCAGCCCGAGGACUGCCCACCACCUGCCUGCAGCCGCAGCUUGUGGGUGACUCUCAGGGUCCGGUGAGGCACACCCACAUGGGGUCAGGCCUGCCCUGUCAGGGAGGCCCCCGCCCCAGCCCCACCUUCCAGGCUGUCGUCAGUCCCCUGCUGCAGGGUCGGAAACUCCGAUGA